UUCAGUUCGUCUACGGAACUCGGCCAGAACAGAGCGUUGUUGUCGGUGUUGUCAAAGUGAACGAAAGGCGGCACCUAAAUACGAGUGUUUGUGUUGUUGUUGUGCAUGUUGUGUGUGCGAUUUUUAUGGCUGUCAAUGCGGAAGCGCCUAUCAAAAUAAUACAAAAUUCAAAUACUCGUAGUUAUCAAAGUGCGAUAUUUUGUUGAUGUCUGAGGUUCAUUGAACGCCCAUUUUCAGCUGGCCCUGUCUGAUAAUAAUCAAACAACGACAUCGACAAUAACAACUUCCAGUUAAAUUUUUGCAACCACUUGCGAUGAUUUUACCAACUGCCUCCACAUUGUGCAAUGUCUUUACAUUUCUGCUGGCCGGCUCUCCAAUAUUUUACAGUGCCGCACCGCGUGGCAGCUGUAGCAGCUGUUGCAAGAUACGUGAGCGUGAGGACAUCAAGUUUCUGCUAUACACGAGGAAAAACCGCAACACGGCACAGCAGCUACAACUGAGCGACGAGUCGCGACUGGCGCGAAGCAAUUUCAAUUUCAAUUACCCGCUGGCCAUCUAUCUGCACGGCUUCUCGGAGUCGGCCACAGGGGAUCAGCAGAGCAGUCAGCAGCUGAAGGAUGCGUUUCUGCGGCGCGGCAACUACAAUGUGAUACUCGUUGACUGGAGCGCCAUGGUGACAGUUCCCUGGUACUCGAAUGCUGUGGAGAAUCUUCCAGUUACAGCACGCUAUCUGGCUCGCUUUUUGCGCUACUUGGUGACUAGUGGUUAUGCCGUCAAGCAUAUUCAUUUGAUUGGUUUCAGCCUAGGCGCAGAGGUGGCUGGCUUUGCCGGCAAACAGCUGCAGGAAUGGGGAGUCAAGCUGACAAGGAUAACAGCAUUGGAUCCAGCAUUGCCGCUCUUUGAGGGCAACAGCUCCAAUCGCCGACUAGGUCCCAGCGAUGCUCGCUUUGUGGACGUCAUUCACACGGAUGGCGGUAUUCUGGGCAACCCCACGGCCAUGGGUCAUGCGGAUUUCUAUCCCAAUGGCGGUCGACCGUUGCAACCGGGCUGUGCACGGCAGGAAAUCGCCAAUAACCGCUGGCUGGGCAUCAUUAUCGGUUGCAGCCAUCAGCGGGCCUGGGAGUAUUUUGUGGAGAGCAUAAGGCAACCUUUGGCCUUUCCCAUCGACCGUUGCGAACCGUCGCAAAACUUUGGCAACUGCCGCAUAAGCUAUGGACGUGCCUACAUGGGCUACGGUGCAGAUCCGAGACUGCGCGGCAAGUUUUAUCUGGAGACGAACGAUGCCAAGCCAUUUGGCAGACACACCCCAACAACACCCUCGUCCAUACCUCCCCUGUUGCCCAUCUCCUACAAAACGCCACUGAAUGUCACAAGGGAGCCGCAGGAGGAAGACAACAACAUUGACAACAUCGUAUUGACGUGACAAAAUGACCAAAACAAGCAGAUGGAAGCCUUUCCCUCAGCCCCUCAUCCACAUUCUCUUCAAGUAUCUCUUCAUCAGGCUGUCCUUUAACACGAGAUUAAGUGACUUGCGUGAUUUUGGACGCACAUUCCCUCACUGUUGAAGGUCUCCACAGUUAUAUAUAGUUGUAGUUGUAGUCGUAACUUAUGUAAGUUGUUGUAAGUUCUCUUGUGAUCUGUCUUAUAAGUAUUGCUAGCACGUAAGCCGCGUUUCUCUUCUUUCUUACUCUCUAUCUCUAUUUAUCUUCCUUGAAAAGUAAAUUGUCUUAAGCAUAA